AUGAUAUCGAAAGUUGUGAUACAGGGAACAAGAAGAAACAUAGCUAGGAGGAAUAUUCUUUAUAAAAUUCUGAGAGGUUAUUCAUAUGUAAAUUUUCCGCUGGGUGACUCAACCGAGCCUCUGAAACCUACAUUAAGUCAGUUUAAAAAUCCAUUAUUCCACUGUUUUUUAAUUGCAUCUACAACAUAUAUCGUUCUUCAUAUUGUAUGGAUAAAUUUAUCAUCUAGUGAAAAAGAAGCCAAAUUUAUUGAAAAGACUAAGGUAUUAGAAGAUAGAAUUCAACAAUUAGUAGAUGACAGAAAGAACGAAUACGAAUCCAAGAGGAAGUGGUCCAAUGUAUUUAAAUUUUGGAAAUAA